UUCUAUGCUCGAAAACAACACGGAUCCUCCGCGCAUGCGUACAUUCUAAAAUACGAUUUGCACAACGGUCCAACAUCAAAGAUGGCGGGAGCCUCCGACCCACUGGAGGACAUGCUCUUCAAUGAGGUGGAUGAGAAAGCAGUUAGCGACUUAGUUGGCUCUCUGGAAUCACAACUGGGCGACCGAAAGGCUCCCGCUGCUUCAUAUUCCGACGGGAAACGGGAGGGAGCUCCGCCGGCGGCCAGCCAGUUCUCAGGGAAAGUGCGCGAUCAAGUGGGGUCUCUGGAGCAGCCGCAACAAGGGCAUCCAAAAGCGGGGUUAAACCAGGAACCCGGCGCUAAUGAGCCGCUCUCCGGCAAAACCGCCACCUCCUCUACCUCCUCUGCCGCCGCCGGGGCCGUGAUAACCGCCGGAGCCGGUCUGCAAGCAGUCGGAGCAUCUCCUCCCGCGGCUUCCUCCGUACCGGGACCCGCAACUUUGAACACUCAGUCCGCGGCUGCUAGCUUCCACCGGGCUGCCGUCCCGGGUCCGAGCGCGGCUCCCAGCGCCCUCAUCGCCCCCGCGGCGGAGGCGGCUAUCAGGACCGCUUCUCCCGGAUUACAAAGUUUAAACGGCAACUCUGGAGCCGUGAAGUUGGUGAACUCCCCCGCGGCCCCCCCUCCGGCCGGGGCCAACACUGUUAUAAGUGCUGUCAGCGCCGGCGGCUCCGCUAUCGUCGCCUCCAUGGCUUCUCAGCCUAGUUUUCCAGUACCUCAGUCCCCGGCGGCGUCCCCCGCUGUGACUUUGCAGAGGCACCCCAGCCCGGUGGCCAGCGUGGCCCAGAACGGGGUAGACCCUAAGGGGGCCCAGCUGGUGGUCCCGGGUGCCCCCUCCCCCUCAGCCUCCAGCUCUCAGGUCGUGAACCACAGCAACCCUCUGAUGCACACCAAGAUGUUGGUGCCCAGCCAGCCCGUUUCCGGAAACUCCGUCAUCCUGACGAGCACCCCUCCGCCCGCCGCCCAGUCCCCCAUCAGCCACGCUCAGACCGGGACCAGUACGGCUACUGUGGCCCUGGCCGCUGCCGGGCUGAAGCCUGCGGUGAACGGAGUGGGCCAGCCUGCGGUGGCUGUGGUGAGGCCGCCGGGCGCUCCUAUGGUGGCCACCUCCAUCCAGCAGCAGAGACCGGGGCUGGUGGCGAGCUCGACCAGAGCGGCCGCUCCUCAGCCUCCUCUGGCUGUCCGGCCUCAGCAGCAGACCACCAUCCAGCUGCCCCCCGGGUUCAGCAUGCCUCCCGGUAUGGUUCUGGUCCGGACGGAGACGGGUCAGCUGGUGAUGGUCCCUCAGCAGGUUCUGGCCCAGGCUCAGGCCAAGACGCAGCAGGGCCAAGCGGUGGCCAACAUCACCCAGAGACCUGCGACGCCGACGGCCGGGGCCACCAUCCGGGUCACCACUGCCAACACGGCUCCUCAGACCGUCCGCCUGGCCUCCCCCGCUCAGACCAGAAUGGUUCAGUCUCCCUCCACCACCACUGUACAGAAGGCCAUCACGGUGGCCCCCGGCGCUGCAGCGGUGUCGGUGAAGAUGACCGCCCCUCAGAAGGCCCAGACAGUGAUAACGGCGGGGGGGACGCCUGUCGCCAAGCCUGCCGGUGUCCCGUCCACGCCCCUGACCGGCACGACGCCCACUCCCACCGCCACGCCCCCUGGCAGAGUCAACGUGGUGUCCCAGGAGAUGCAAGAAAACGUGAAGAAAUGCAAGAACUUCCUCGCCACGCUGAUCAAGCUGGCGUCCCACAAUUCCCCCUCCCCAGAUACCUCCAAGAAUGUGAAGGCCCUGGUGCAGGACCUGCUCGAUGCUAAGAUCGAGCCUGAGGAGUUCACCACUCGGCUGCAGGCUGAGCUGAAGUCCUCCCCGCAGCCCUACCUCAUCCCCUUCCUCAAGAAAAGCCUCCCCGCCCUGCGUCAGUCUCUGCUCAGCAGCCAGCAGUCUCUGGUGACGCCCACCCCCAGCACCUCCGCGGCCCCCCUGGCCGCCCCCGGCUCCGUCACCACCGCCGCCAUCAGGCCGCGGCUGCCCAUCGGUCCAGCCGGCGGCACCGUCAGACUGAACCCGCCCCUCACAAACACCCUGGCUGUGGGCAGAGCCGGAGUGCAGACUGUUCAGACUCGUACGCCUGUUGUCUUCAGUCAGACUCUCAGACCUCAAGGCACACUUGUGAGGGGACCCACAACUAUAAUUGGCAAAGUUAACCUGGCAGGUCAAGCCAAUCAGAGGAAACUGAGUGACCCAGGGGGCGGGACAUUCAGAGAUGACGACGACAUCAACGACGUGGCGUCCAUGGCCGGCGUCAACCUUAACGAGGAAAACGCCCGUAUCCUAGCAACCAGCUCGGAGCUGGUCGGCACAAAGAUCCGCUCCUGUAAAGACGAAUCCUUCCUGCCCACCGGCCUGCUGCACCGUCGCAUCCUGGACACAGCUAAGAAGCUGGGUGUGACCGAGGUGCCGCUGGAGGUGGUGAACUUCAUCUCCCACGCCACGCAGUCCAGACUGCGCUCCCUGCUGGAGAAGGUCUCGGCAGUCGCUCAGCACCGCACGGACGGGGGAAAGGAUGAAGAGCAUCAUGAACAGACGUCAGACGUUCGCUCUCAGCUUCGUUUCUUCGAGCAGUUGGAGCGAAUGGAGAAACAGAGGAAAGAUGAGCAAGAGAGAGAGAUUCUGCUGAAGGCUGCCAAGAGUCGCGCCAGACAAGAAGAUCCUGAACAGGCUCGCCUGAAGCAGAAGGCUAAAGAGAUGCAGCAGCAGGAGUUGGCUCAGAUGCGACAGCGGGACGCCAACCUCACGGCCCUCGCCGCCAUCGGCCCACGCAAGAAACGCAAGCUCGACUCGCCGGGAGGCGCCGCGGCCGGCACAGAGGUGGCCUCCGGCUCGGGCGCAGGCUCCUCCACGGCCGCCUCCUCCCGCCAGCAGCUCCGUCAGCGGAUCACGCGAGUUAACCUCAGGGACUUCAUCUUCUGUCUGGAGCAGGACCGCUCCACAGCUCGCUCUCUAAUGCUCUACAAGGCGCUGCUGAAAUGAGGAGUCCCUCCAGCGGGAGCGCUCGGCCCACUGCAGAUCACAAACUGGAUUACACUUCCACCUGCUCCUCCGGUCCUCGCAUCCUCAACGGUGUUUCAUAGUCCUGAGUCGUCUUCAGUCCCUGCAGCAUCUUUUAACCUUCAGUUUGUCCUCUGGUCUCACCUGAACCCUCACUUCUAGUUUUACAGCUUCUCUCCGUGUUUUUUGAAAAGGAUGUCUCAUUUUUAGCUCAUUCAGGUGCCUAGUUUCGGACUGCGCGUUACUUUUCAGCUCCACGUUUGUUAAAAGAGAACUCCGCCGAUGUAACGUCACAGACCGUGGAACGGUGAAACGAAUCCGUGUCUCUGCGAAGCUUCUGGUUCAGGAGUCUCUGUGAUGUAGUGACGACUCGCAGGGCUAGUUGGUGAGCUACUGUGGCUGGUGAGCUAACCGCUAACUUGCUAGCUGGCCGGGCUAGCGCAAUAGCUCUCUGAGCUUUUCACUAUUUCCUCUCUCCUGUUUUGUUUACGGACAUCUUGUUCACCACUGAACGUUACUGGGGAGGGAAAGUAAAGCUCUCAGAACUAACGAGCUCGUUAGCUUAGCUCGGCCGGUAGCAGGACGUCCUCCUGUCUGCUGACCGUGUGAGAACCAGGUCUCUGUGCUGGAGCAGGUUCCACUCUGAACUGGACGGUGACACACAAAUGAGCUACGAUAGCUUCCUCCAUUUUGGACUCUGCGGCUCUCCGUCCACUCGGAGCUCAGCUCUGCCAGGACGGCUUGUCAUUGGUCAACGCAGCUAAUUCACCAAAGUUGAAGCGUUGGCAAUGCCCCCCCCCCGGCUAUUCCUUCUAGUAUCUUUGUGAAUACUCAGUCCUCCUUGUCCGCCGGCCUGGAAACACCUGGAAAGUCAGUGGAGUUCACCUUUAAUAACGACAGCUUUUGAUAUGAAACACGUUGCAGGUCUUUCUGAGAAGUCAGUUUUCCAGACAGCGAGAUGAGUUGACCCCGAUGCCGACGGGAUCAUUCGCAUCGUUUCGACUCCAGCGCUGUACCUGAAGAGGUGCCUUCCGAGUCUCGUCGUCCCGAGCCUCUCCACGGCUCCUCCACGCUCUCCGUAGCCCCCACUCAGGACGCCGGGCUCACGGGCUCUUACGUUUGUUUUUUAAAGUUUUCUGAGCACGCUCAGAUCUGCGAGGUUGGCACGGUCACACAUUCAACCGUCACGUUUGCAUUUGAAGUCGUCCGCCGCUGCAGGGUGGCAGAGAAUCAUGAGAAUCGUGAGUUUCGUGGACGUUUUAUGGAGCAUCAUGUCGAUCGUUGUCGUCAGAGGAAUGUGCACCGCGAGAACUGUGAAGCUUCGAUGGUCGUAUGAGCGGGGGCGAAACAGUGGGUCGAUCAUUUUAGUGUGUGUGUGUGUGUGUGUGUGUGGGAUAAUGAUGCUGAUAGCUCUCUGAGGUCAGAUCGAUGCCUCUCUCAUGUCUGUAAAUAUGAAGCAGCUUGUUAGCUUAGCUGGACAGAGCCAGGCUAGCUGUUCCCCCUGUUUCCGGUCUUUAUGCUAAGCUAACCAGCUGUAGCUUCAUAUUUAGCGUACAGACACGAGCGUGGAGUCGAGCUGAACUUCUGACCCUCAGAGAGGAAGAAGAGGAUUUCACUAAAUGUUGCCCUGUUGCUUUAAGACAAAGGAUUUACAGUUUUAGUUUCAGUUAAUCAUCGCAGGGAGCUGGCUCUCCUACAGACAGUGAAACUCACUCAGGCUACGUUCAUGAAGGCUAACAAACAUAAAGCUUCAGAUCAAACAACAUUCCUGCAGUUUCCCCUCCUCCUCCUCCUCCUCUUCAUCCCGCCUGACGUGUGAUUUAACUUUUAGCUCAACGUGCGACUAUGAAACAUUAGAAUUCAAAUCACAGUCUGAAAACGUUGACCUUGUACUGUUGAACAUAUUAAUUUGUCAGAGUAGUUGAAUAUGCAGUUUCGCUUCACGGUUUGCUGUUGAAAGUUUUUAAGAUGACUUUUUUGGAAAGGGUGUGUACAUUGAAGGUUUUUAACGCUUUAAAUGUCUUUUUCCCCUCAUAUCGGGCAUUUGGUUUGUAUAGUAUAUAGCUCUAACUGCUAACUGAAGCUGUGGUGUAUGUACUGUAUAUUCAGUCAGUCUGGCUCUGCAGAGCCCAGAUAAAGUAUCAUCUGUUGGAAGGACACAAUUUUUGCGAUUAUUUAUAUUUCCUACAUUCUGUAUUCAAUCCUGACGCAUUUCAGGCAAUGCAAUUUUACAGUUGUUUGUACCUUUGCAAAAAAAAUGAAAUAAAGAAAAUGAUAAAGAA